GACGGGGUCAUUGUAGUUUGUGAAAAACCGUUUGAAUACAAAUGACGGGUUGUAAAAUAAUAUAAACCAUUGAAGAAUGGAACACCGGCCGGCUUGAUCGGAAGAGAAAAGGAGAGAGGGAUGGAAAGAAGAAGGAGAAGAGAGAGAGAGGGAGAGAGAAGAGGAAGAAGGAGAGAGGGUAGAGACAGAGGGGGAGAGAUCGCUUCCGCAUUGGCAUGUUAACGCCCCUUUAUUUCUUGCACUGCAUGGGUAACGACAACAUUAGUAUCCAAAUCUAGAUCACGAUUCGUCGAGAUCUCACUACUCGUCUUGUGUGGUGCACGUAUGCGAUUGGAUUCCAAUAAUUGGAACAUCACUGCCAAUAUAAUACUAAAAAAUAAUACUGUAAGACUUUUUAAACAUAUAUUUAUAUAAAAAUGUCUUUUGUCGAUGGAGAAGCUGUCAAAGACGGAUACGAAAAAGUAAGGCGCGAUGACAAAAAGGAGACUUGGAUGUUGUUGAAGUAUGAAGAGAAACAGAUAGUCCUAUGUGGUACCGGUAUUGGCUACGAUGAAUUCCUUGAACAACUUGGAGAUGAUGAUAGGGCGUAUGGAUACAUUCGAGUAGAGACAGGCGAUGAGAUGAGUAAACGAGCCAAGUUUGUUUUCGUCACGUGGAUAGGACCCAAUGUAGGGGCACUAAACAGAGCAAAAGUUAGCACAGAUAAAGGCUCCGUCAAAAGAAUUAUAAGUGAUUUUGCCAUAGAGGUGCUGGCUGAUGAAAAAGCUGAACUGAAAUUUGACAGCAUACGCUCAAAAGUGAUAGCAGCAGGGGGAGCGAAUUACGGAACCGGAAAGUGAGAUUAAUUAAACCUAGUUACUGUAGUUAAUGUAUGUAUAUCACCUUAUUUUCUUUGGUAUAGCAGCUCCUUGGUUGGAUUGAAAUUGACAUCGUUUGAUUUGGGACUUGUUUCGCAAUAUUUCAUGUAUUUAUUUCACAUAAACUGAAGACAACCCAGUUAGCUUAAUACAGUUAUAGAUAGGCCUGUUCCGGAGUGAGGACAUUAUUUAUACACGUUCAAAUGUAUAUAUAUCAGUCAUUCAUACUUUUUAUGCAAAUAUCUCUGUAUCGGAAUAGAACACAAUCAUGAUAAUAUACUCUGUAAUUGUUUUAGAUGCAUGAAUCAUGUUAUGAUAUUCAAAUCUGGUAUCCUUCCGGUUGAAUACUGUCUGCACGUCACCAAACAAAUUUAUAAGGAUCCGAUUAACCGGGGGCUGAAAUAAGUUUACGUUCAAAUUUUCAAUAGAUUCUUUUCAUUUUCCCCAUAUUCUGAUCAGAACCAGGGGCCGCGGAACGGUUUUGAAAGUUGGGGGGGGGGGCUGAGCCCAAAGUGAGGGGGGCUGACCAUUCCAUUAGAUGGUCAUUGGACGUUUUUGCACACGGUUUGGGAAAAAGUGGGAGGCUGAAGCCCCCCCCCCCCCUCCCGGUUCCACGGCCCCUGAGAAUGUAUGGAAUCAGACAAGAAUGAAUAGAAUAUUGAACACAAUUUGACUAAAUAUCUAUUUGGAUCCCAAUCAAAUUUGUUUAUUCUUGAUGUAUACUUUUGACGAAAUCAUCUGUACUAUAUACAUUGGCCUGGACUACUUCAGUACUGUAUUGAUGACGUUUCUGUUGAUAGAGGUGAUGGCUGAUCAAAAAAAUGUAUUAUUCAAGGGGAAAGAAUAAAUGACAUAUUAUGUAAUUUGUAUACACAAUGAAAAUAGUCAGGUAUUGAUUGAAUUGACUUAUUGAGUAUGUGGUAGCGACUUUUCUUUUUUUUUAUACUAGUCACCAAAUUAUUAUUUCUGUCUGAGCUAGUUUUGAAGAAAAAAAAAAUCACCAACUAUAUUGUCUCCAUAUACGUAGGUCGUUCUAAAGAUAUCUCGCAUAAUUUCACAUUUGUGUAUAUCUUGUUUGCUAUAUACAUUCAAUUGUUUAUGUCCCCACUACGCCAAUUUAUGUUUUGUUUUUAUCGUGUGCUCUUUUGGACGAUAUCAGAUUAAUUCCAUUGUUGAUUAUGUAACAUGUACUUACUGUAGUCUGCCAGCACCGGCUCAAAUUUCACACUUUUUAACAUAUUAUAUACUAUGUCUGGAGUAAAGGUUACACUUCAAACUCUCUGUCCUGUGGUAUAAACAGCCACAUGUCUAGUCUUAUUACUCUGCAUCAUGCACGUUACCCAAACCAAAGGUAUGUGUGUGAAGACUAUACUUGAAGGGGCGUCGACAAGAUAUUUUCAUGGGGGGGGGGCGCAAAUUGAUCAAGAAAUAUGGUAUGUAUACAAGGUCCUUUCCUUCGUGAUAAUAUGACAAUAUUUUUUCAUAGCUCCUCCAUUUAUGUUGUCCCCUCAAUUGAUAGUGUAUUGAGCCGGCAGUCACCCCUUUUAAUCUGCACCCGCCCCAUAUUUGCUUGUAUAUGAGCGUUACUGAAAAUAUGUUGGUGAUACAAGUUUGUUACUUUCGUUCACACUCUCAAACAAUUGGUUUUCGAAGAUUGUAAAGUAAAAGGUGUACACAUUUUUACUGAUUCUUAUAUUCGUAGAGUAUACAUUAUUUAUGGCAUUUUAUAGACUGGUCGCAUAGUACCCGACUUUGUAUAGAUAAGGAGGAAGAGUGUGAUUAGUGUCUUGUAUCGAAUGUAGAAUUAUUUGAUGGUGCUCUAUAGAACGAUGCCCUAUUAUAGAGUCAUUAUUUUGGGUUUAUUGUGAUCAUUUCAUUUAUCAUAGUGUAAUGACUAUGCGUGAAAUAUACACAAUAUUCACUCCAUCAAUCUUUGGUUAUCAUUUCAACUUGUUGGACAAAUAUUUCACUCCACUCUACGUCGUUUGCUAUUUCAUAUUGUCUUUUUUUAAUGUAGAACCGAUUUUUUGUAUUGCUUGGUCUUCAUGUGUAACUUUUGUCAAAGAUUGAUUUUAAUAUUUGAACAAGUGAGCAUUCCAUUUCAGUAAUUAAUUAGUGAAACCAAUAAAAAUGUAUGGUACUGGUUAUGUUUUACUAAAAGAAACAAACUAUGUUGAGCGACGAGAAAAUGUGGGGUCCUAUUUUGCACACACACAAAAAAAUCAAGAGAGUACAUAGACUAUAUUAAUUAGGCAUGUAUUUCCUAUGGGGGUCGCAACACAAAGCUCUAUGAUCAAUUUAACGAUUGAUUACUAUUAACUGAAUUGGUCAUUACUAAAGCCUCAAGCAAAAAUCAAAUGCGAUGAUUGAUUUUGGAAUUUAAUCGAUCGUUGCCCCUCUUCAUCUGAAUUUUUUUUUUU